GUGAGAAACCAAAUAUAGGAUUUUCAAGGUAAAUGCCCAAUGUUACUGUUUAUAUAAUCCAAUUACAUUGACUCUUUAUCUACACAUAUCUGACUUCUUGCUUACUCUUAGGAAUCUGCAAAAAUUACAAAAUAGUUUCAUUGGGUAAAGCCCUUUAAGACAACCCAGUUUCAUUUAUGAUUACAGUUCCCCAAAGUUUAGGGUAAAAGUUAUUUUGUUGUAGAAAUAUUAUUUUAGAUUUUAACUUGGUUCUUUUGUACUCCUCAUCAGAUUGCAGCUCAAAUCUGUCGCCAGGCUGGUUUGGUAAAAAAAUCCAAAGAUGUAGUGGACUACAGUGAGGAAAAUUUUGCGAUUGUAUUUGCUGCUAUGGGUGUAAACAUGGAAACUGCCCGGUUCUUCAAACCUGACUUUGAAGAAAAUGGCUCAAUGGACAACGUCUGCCUCUUUUUGAACUUGGCUAACGACCCAACUAUUGAGCGAAUUAUCACUCCUCGCUUGGCUCUAACCACGGCCGACUUCCUGGCCUAUCAGUGUGAGAAACGUGUAUUGGUUAUCCUAACAGACAUGAGUUCUUAUGCUGAAGCACUUCGAGAGGUUUCAGCAGCCAGGGAAGAGGUUCCUGGUCGACGAGGUUUCCCAGGUUACAUGUAUACAGAUUUAGCCACACUAUAUGAACGCGCUGGUAGAGUGGAAGGUAGAAAUGGCUCUAUUACUCAAAUUCCUAUUCUCACCAUGCCUAACGAUGAUAUCACUCACCCCAUCCCUGACUUGACUGGAUAUAUUACAGAGGGGCAGAUCUAUGUGGACAGACAGCUACACAACAGACAGAUUUACCCGCCUAUUAAUGUGCUGCCCUCGUUGUCUCGGUGAAUGAAGUCUGCUACUGGAGAAGGUAUGACCAGAAAGGAUCACGCCAAUGUAUCUAACCAGCUGUAUGCAUGCUAUGCUAUUGGUAAGGAUGCGCAGGCCAUGAAAGCCGUAGUUGGAGAAGAAGCCCUUACCUCAGAUGAUGUGCUUUACUUGGAAUUUCUGCAGAAGUUUGAGAGGAACUUCAUUGCUCAGGGUCCUUACGAAAACCGCACUGUCUAUGAGACUUUGGACAUUGGCUGGCAACUGCUCCGAAUCUUCCCCAAAGAAAUGCUGAAGAGAAUCCCUUAGAGCACCUUGAGCGAAUUCUACCCUCGAGACUCUGCAAAGCAUUAGCUGCUACUUAUCGCUGGCUCGAUGCUCUUGUGAAAUACUGGUUCUGUUUUCUUUAUUCCUUUUGCAGUCCCCCAUCCCCACCUUUGUGUUGGAGUUUACUGUGUUACCCUGUAAUUAAAAACAAAGAAUAGGUAACAUAUUGUGCCAGUGUUGCAAUGUUUUAAACUGCUAACAGACUUUAAAAUAUCCCCUGUUCCGAAAACCUGGAACUGCAGUGCUUUGUUUAAAGUAGCUGAGGGUUGGAGGUGAAGUUUUCUUACUGAUGUGUGUAUUCGUACGUAGUGGUGUAGUUAGCUGCCUAGUGUCCUCAUUAUUUGGGUCUCUCAGACCUUCCCUGUCCACCCCCUCCAGAGUAUCACUAUCUGAAGUUACAAUGCUUUGAUCUCCAAACUAGGGACAAGAUAGGGUCUGAAAGACGCUUCCUCUCCGAGCCGAGACGCUUUCCUGAGCGCU